AUGUACAAGCUCGUUCUGGUCCUGGCCGGAGCCGCCUGCUGCGUGAGCGCCGCCCCCAAGGCCGGCCUCGCCCCCCUGGCCUACUCCGCCCCCCUGGUGGCCGCUGCCCCCGCGGCCUACGCUGCCCCCGCGCCGGCUGUCGUGACGGCGCACAGCUCUCAGUACAUCGCGCAGAACUUCAAUGGACUCGCCGUGGCCGCCGCCGCCCCAGUCGUCGCCGCCGCCCCUGCAGUCGCUGCCGCGUACCAUGCCGCCCCCGCCGUGUAUUUCAGAUAAACAGUUACUAUCAACCACUUUAUACGGAUAAAUAAAGUCAUUUUAACUGCAA